AUGAAGCGUAUUGAGAAGGGACCCGUGCGUGGUAUUUCCAUCAAGCUCCAAGAAGAGGAACGUGAGAGGAGAGACAACUACAUGCCCGAGAUCUCUGCUGUCGAUGCCUCCGUGAUCGGCCAACUUAAAGUUGAUCCUGACACGAAACACAUGUUGGAAUCAAUGCGUUUCGGCUACCUGUACUGGUCCUCAUCAGAUUCUUGCUUAUGUAGCGCGCUGUCGCCAUCAAUGAAAGCCAGAGCCGAAGCAGUUGCCCCGAGGCGGCCUUUGCCUGUUUCUUUUGCGGUUCUAUGA